AUGGCGAAUUUACAACCUGCAGUGAUUAUCGAACCUACUAUAGUUGAUGGUGAAGGAAAGGGAGUCCAAAUACUGAACACCACCAAUCGGGUCGUACGGUUUCUCAUUAGAUCGAGGGAAGCACACGAAGAGUUCCCAGAUCAUAUAGAGAAAAAAGCCCAGCAUGGCACCGUCGGAGGUAACAAUACGGCAAAGACAUACAUGGUGCACAGUGAUGAAUCAUUUGUAUCGGUGUUCAUCGUUGAAAAUGGACGCUAUCUUAUUAUCCUUAAAAAUCGACAGGUCAACAGAGGCAAGUGUAUAAGAAUCAAACAGUCUCAUAUCAUUGAUGCCGAAGAGAAUAGCCUACCGGUAUAUUACAACGAGCAUUUCGAGGUAAUACAAAACAAUAACAAUAAUGGCGACCACCACCGUGUGAAUACCGGAGCAGAAGGCGCGUAG